ACACACUGCGCGGUCGCACUAUCGCUGCACAGUUGGUAAUUGGUUGUCCGGUGAAAAGCCGCCGUGCCAGCCGCGCGACUUCAUCGAAACCACCACAGAGUCAGUGCACCAAUGGCUAACGGAUAAACGUCGUUGUUUGUUGCCGAUCGCUCUUAAAAAUAAUUAUUAUUGUACGAAAAAUUCGCCGGUACGACGUUUUUGUGAUUAUAGUUCAUUUAACAUUACACUUUAUUAUUGUGACGAUAUUUUUAAUGCUCAGUGCGCUCGUGUGAAUUUCAAUUAUUAUCAUAAUUUUUUUCUCGGUCUCGUCAAUUUGCUUGAGGCAAAACGUCAUGUAAUCGAAUACGCAUUUCACGAUAAUACAGAUAUCUUCCGAGUCUAGUGCCGUUCAGACGAACUUACUGUAUCCAUAUAGGUAUCGAAGAUACGACUCCCGUAGAGGAAUAAUUCACUGACGUGAUAUUUGGUCUAUAGAUCUAAUGCUUGAGCCAUAAUGAAGCACGAAAGUCAGCACCCUGAGCUCAUUUCAAACGGAAAAGGAAAGCCUUUCAAAAAAAGCAUCAGUUUAGGUUCCUUGGGUCUAGGAAAGCUGUGGCGAAGGCGAUCUGUGACCAUAACCGAGUACGAUCCAUGUUACAAGGUCGUCUAUCUGGGCAACGUCCUCACUGGCAUAGCCAAAGGUGAAAUGUGUGUGGAGAAACCGCUGUGCAGCCUGUGGAAGAACUACACGUGUAACCAGAAACCGGACGUGCACAUGAAGCUGACCAUCACGCAGUCGGGACUGAAAGCGUUCACCAAGGAGCACGGGCUGACCGAGUACUGGAGCCACCGGGUAACCUAUUGCCUGGCGUCACCGCAGUUCCCUCGCAUUUUCUGCUGGGUGUACCGGCACGAGGGACGAAAACUCAAGCAGGAGCUCCGGUGUCACGCGGUUGUGUGCACCAAGGAGUCGGUGGCCAGGCAGAUCGCAGGCCAGCUGCGCGGUCGCUUGGCUCAGGCUCUCAGCGAGUUCAAGCGGGACAAGAUCAGCCGGCAGAACGCCCGACUGUCAUUAGCCAAUAGCGUGUACGAGAAUCCGUCGCUGCCGCGUCGCAAGAUCCUGCUGUCAACCGGGUCGCACAACUACAGACCGCCGCUGGAGCGAUCGAAGUCGGCACCGCGGCUCGUGUCCAUCGAAGAGAGCCUGGAAGAGGACGAAGAACCGGCUGACUCUUGUGCGGCGUUCAGGAGAUGCCGAGCCGAGAACCGGUUGCGGACCGGCACCCUGCGCAACCGGUUGGGUGGACUCCACGGUUACAGGGAGACAGCUGCCGCUACUGCCGCCGCCAUUACCGCAGCAACCGCCGCCGCCACCACCGCUGCUGCCAAUACCUCCGCCGACGUCACUAGCGACGCCACCGAAAUGGUGAACGAGAUCGAAAACCGACUUGCAGAAAGCCUGCACCUAGGGGACGAUGGUUUGACGGACGACAGCGCUCAAUCGUAUCAAAAUGUAGAUUGCGAUUCCGUGGAAUCGCUGCCGUCUUACCGAGACGCCGUAGCUGAAGAUCAAGAGUCGACUUCGUCUUCUUCGUCAUCAACGAUUUGCGUCGAGCAACAUGAGCUGCUUCCCAAGUACAAUGAAGUGAUCGUCGACUGUCCUCAAGGUCCAGAAGAUGUGUGCUACAAAUACAACAGCCUGGUCCGGGACAGGAAGAAGCUAUUCGAGAGCAUAGGCGGUGGUGUGGGUGGACGUCGCGAUCAGUUCAAACGAAUAAGCUCGGACUCAGAGCUACUUAGCGCCUACAACAACCUAGUGAAAAACCGGAAGCUCUUGUUCGAAGGCUGUCGGGACGAAGAUGCUGACGAUGAUUUGGACGUGGACGAGGAGGACUUGGACGAGGAAAAAGACUGUGGAUAUCCGGACGACGAAUCCACGCCCAGCCUACAGAGCAUAUCUAGCGGCGGAUCAGACGCGUGCAAGAAGAUCGCCAUGGACCUGGACUCGCUAUCAGAGGAGGAAGACAGCGAUGAGAGUGGUUACGUGGAGGCGCCGCCAUCCCGUUGCCCUGCCGACGUGGCCACCCAUAUCGACAAGGAAAAGGAGCUGCACAAACGCAGUAAUCACGCGGCGGCCACCAGGAAUGCUUCUACUCGCCGGGUCAUCGCGUAAAAACCGUCCACUCGAUAUCAUGUGAAAAAGACUUUUUUUUAAAAUUAUUAUUGAUUUUAUCGUUUUGAACGCGUAGGUGGUGUAUCGCCACUGUGUGUCUGGUGCACACCGAAACGACCCGAUAUAUGAUGACAUAAUAAUAAGUGUUGUUAAUUAUAUUUGUAAAGUAUAUACCAACUAUUAUUGUUAUUAUUAUUAUUGUUGUUGUUAUUCCAACUGCGUGUGACCCCUGCGUGGGCGUGUGUUAGCCGAACAAGAAACAAGGACGUCGAGAACGGAAAAGCACGAAGCGACGAAUAAAAAAAAUAUAUUAAAAAUACCAACCACGAGAACAAGCUCCUCCGCGGUCGUCGUCAUAGCAGUUAUUUUCGCGUGGAAGAAAUAGUCGCUACAGUAGGUACUGCAGAUAACUCAUCGCGAGUAGCAUAUUAGUUAGCCUGCGGACAAAAACUAGUUUUUUUCUAUCAUUAUUAUUACUAUUAUUCUUUACAUUGUAAAAAAAAACCGACCAGUUUCCAAGUAUUUAUUUCAUCUUUUUUGUACGAAAUUUAACCGUAUAUCACGGCUUUUCGUCGACGCUUUGUCACUCGCGUCCGCCCGUCACGCUAUUAUAAUUAUUAUAAUCACAACAACAACAGCAAUAAUAGUAUCACAGAUAAUUAGUACUUUAUGUGUACGUUAUACGUACGUUCGUGUUUUAUUAUGUGUAAAUAUCACAAAUCGACCUAGUCAAGCAAUCGUAUUAUUAGGGAUUAGCGUCUAUAAUAGGUAGCGAAUCACAUGUUUCAUAGUUUAUGUUAUGUAUAAAUAUAUAUGUAUGUGUGUGUAUGUGUUACGAGGAGGAAUGAAAGGAUAGAGCAACAGGGACUACAAGAGCAGGAGAUGAUUUGGUUUGACCUUUGCAGACCGGGAUCAAGUCCACGACAUUACCAUAACGUUGUCGUGUCUUGGACGAAAAAGUAAAACAUACGAUUAAUACCAAAUAAGGUGCUAGCUAUAGUUUAUCGAAUUAGACUUUUGAUUUUAUUGAGCAGUGGGUUCUGUUUAAGUAGAGGUGUGGGCCCACCCCAAACCUGUUUACGUAUAUGAUGUUAUAUUAUAUUAUACUCUCACAAUAUUUUAUGUACUUUUUUAUUUUACCCGUACGAUCAAAACAUGCGACUUUAAACAUUUUGAAAACAUAAUAUUGAUCAUUAACCGUCGUCUAACAAAGUGACGUGUUUUGUUUUUUUUUUUCGCGAAAAUUCAUUAUUAUAAAAUGUCAACCGACGUUCCUAUGGCCUUUUUUUUUUAAUGGUAGAUUUUUAUUUUAAUGGAAAUCAGAGUCGAACAAAAAUUUCAGCUUAAAAUUCCGUUCGUAUACUAUUAGCGUAGAUAUAAUAUUUUAUGUAGGUACGUUCUAUUUCGAUGUGUGAACUCUACCUGUACCAGCGUGAUUACGGCGAUAAGAUAUUAAAUUUAUUAAACUGAAAAUAAAAUAAAACCGUUUAUUGUUACGCUU